GUGGUUGACGUGCAAAUCGCUGCCCCCCGGGGCGCUGGAGAGGAUCGUUGAGACCAUCGCGGAUCGGCUGCGGGUGCCUUGGUUCUCGGGGGCUGUGAGGAUCAAUGUCAGCCUUGUGCCGCCUCUCGUCCUGCUGCCUGUUUUCCUCCACGUCGCUGCACUGCACUUUUUGCUGGGGCUGGUCAUCCUGACGUCCCUGCCCGUGGUGGUGCUCUGGUAUUACUACCUGACACACCGAAGGAAGGAACGGACUCUCUUCUUCUUGAGCUUGGGGCUCUUCUCCUUAGGCUAUAUGUACUAUGUGUUUCUCCAGGAGGUGGUUCCUCGAGGCCACGUGGGGUUUUCCCAAGUGGUCACUCUCACCUGCGGGAUAAUCCUUAUGCUUGUGGCCCUGUCUCGAGCCAAGAGAGACCCUGGUUACCUUCCCAUCCCAGCAGACAUCCCAGAGAAGCUGUUGCACCAGGGUUUGCCCAACAAGAGUGUUAGAGGGAGCUCCAGUGGGCUCCAUGGCAUCAGCACGGCAGGUGCUGCCAGCAGUCGUGCUGUGAACGGGGAGGCCAAAGGCUAUUCCAGGAUGUCAGCUGAGGAGCCAGAAGGUGUGAAAAAGGACUGGUGCACUAAGUGCCAGCUGAUUAGACCAGCCCGAGCUGGGCACUGCAGGCUUUGUGGCAGGUGUGUAAGGAGGCUGGACCAUCACUGUGUCUGGAUUAACAGCUGCGUAGGGGAGCAGAACCAUCAAGCAUUCAUCCUUGCACUCUCCUUCUUCAUGCUCACUUCUGUGUAUGGAAUUACGUUGACUCUGCACACUGUCUGUAGGGGCCAAACUGUGUUUGUGGCAUUGUUCUACUGCCCUGGAGCCUAUUCUGACUACAGCUCUGCUCUGUCGUUCACCUGUGUGUGGUACUGUGCCAUUGUAACAGCUGGCAUGGGAUACAUCCUCCUUAUCCAGCUGUUGAACAUCAGCUACAACGUGACCGAGAGGGAAGCUCGGCUGGCUCUGCGGGACAACACUGGGCGCAGACUCCUGGGUGGGUUAGUGAUAGACACUGGCCAGUAUAAUAGGGGGUUCCUAUGCAACUGGGGCCAUUUCUUGAGCCUGGGGUCUUCUCCUCCACAGCGCUGUGCUGAAGACAUCGUGUGA